AUGGAACAAGUUCAAUGGCUUUCAUUCAACCAAGAAGAAUCUCGACAAGUCGAAAAAGCUAGAGACUGCUGUUGGAAGAAUCUUCGGCUUGGAUCUGGAUCUUGUCAACCUGAGGUGCGCAAGGAGGCAUACGACGACGAUUGUCGUACUCCAGAAACGGAGUUUGGCACCAUCAAGGAAGAUGCAUUCAGACGUGACGCAACUGCCAAUGCCCUGUUCUUUGACCUGCAAAACCGAAAGGUUGCCGACUUUACUCGCAGAGGCCUGGACGAUUUGGAGGCUGGCAUAAUACGGACACCACUAGAGCCGAGGCAGACCUUUCUCGACGAUCCCUUGCGUGUGCUGCGUCUCAUCCGCAUAGGAAGUAAACUCGGUUUCACUCUUGAUCCCGAGGCUCUGAGCUGCAUCAAAGAGCACGAAAUUCACGUUGCUCUAGACGAGAAGGUCAGCCGGGAGAGAGUUGGGAUUGAGGUCUUUAAAAUGAUGAAGAACCGGAACCCUGAGCUAUCUUUUUCCUUAAUCCACGAGGCCAAUCUUUAUGGAACUGUCUUCCUGUCGUUGCGCUCUCCUCUACAUGAGCACCUCCGUCGUCUCCUUCCCCAAGAACCUGAAAAGCCAUGGCCCGCCACUUGGUCUCGGACAAUUAACACUAUUACGACCUUUAGCGCAGGAUCCAGCAAGGGAUCUUUGAGCUUUGAUGGAAUCUGA